UUCACACACGCAGAAGGAGGAAGUGUGAUGGGAAAAGUUUGCAAGGAGCGAGUCUGUUUGGAAAGGGACCCCCUCAGAAGUGUCUGGUUGAGGAGGUGUGGAGGGACGCUGGGCUUCAGGGAGACGCCUCCCUAUAGUUGUAUAUGAAACAAGUGUAUACACUAUGAAUGAACCAGCUGCUAGCGGGAGUGAGCAAGAUUUUGAUGUAUUUAGUGUAAUGGACUGGAAGGAUGGAAUUGGUACCUUGCCUGGAAGUGAUCUAAAGUUUCGAGUGAAUGAGUUUGGAGCACUGGAAGUGAUCACAGAUGAAAUGGAGAUGGAAAGUGUUAAGAAGGCCACAGCUACUACAACAUGGAUGGUGCCAACUGCUCAAGAAGUCUUUUUAGAAAAGACAGAAAUAUCACCCGCACUGAAAGAAACUGCCAAAAUUGGUGAGAAUAAUGUCUGUGACACUUGUUCUCUUCCUGGUUCCCUAGAGGAGUUUGUAGCUGGAGAAAAGAUUUGCAGCCAAAAAUGUUGCCAUCAGAUUAAAAACAGAGAACAAAAGGAAGACAAGGGAGUAUCAGGAUUAAAUGGUGAAGAGUAUUCUAAAGGCACUCAAAAAAGAAAAGCCAAAACAUCCCCAAAGGGAGAAUGUGAUCAAGACAGAGAUGAGAAGAAAAAAAGAGAAAUGGAUGACAAGCCUGAAGGGAGGAUACUAAGAGCUUCUCAGAGAGCCACACGGAAAAGGAAAAGAGAGAUGGCAAUUUUAAAGCAAACUUUAAUGUCAAAGGAAAAGAAAGCAUGGAGUUGGUCAUCAUACUUGGAAGAAGAAAAAGCUAUAGCUGCACCUCCUAAGAUUUUUAAAGAGUACCAGUCCAUCCCAUACAACAAAAAUUCAUUUAAAGUUGGAAUGAAACUAGAAGGAGUGGAUCCCGAACAUCAGUCAAUGUACUGUGUCGUUACAGUGGCUGAGGUUUGUGGCUAUAGAAUCAGACUUCACUUUGAUGAAUACCCAGAUUGUUAUGAUUUUUGGGUGAAUGCUGAUUCUUCUGACAUUCACCCAGUUGGUUGGUGUGAGAAAACAGGACACAAGCUUCAUCCCCCAAAAGGAUAUAAAGAAGAUGAAUUUAAUUGGCCUUCAUAUCUGAAGAAAUGUAAGGCUCAAGCUGCCCCUAAAAUCUUGUUUGAAAAUCAAAAUACAACAGUGAUUCCAUCAGGAUUUCGAAUGGGGAUGAAGCUUGAAGCGGUGGACAAAAAGAACCCUACUUUCAUAUGUGUUGCUACAGUAACAGACAUGGUAGAAAAUCGUUUCCUGGUUCAUUUUGACAACUGGGAUGAGAGCUAUGACUACUGGUGUGAAGCAGCAAGUCCACACAUUCAUCCUGUUGGAUGGUGCAAAGAACACAGAAGGACUCUUGUUACUCCUCCAGACUAUCCACAUGCAAAACAGUUUUCUUGGGAUAAAUAUUUGGAGGAAACCUGUUCCUUACCUGCACCUGCCAGAGCUUUUAAAGUGAAACCUACCCAUGGAUUUCAGAAGAAUAUGAGACUUGAAGUCGUUGAUAAGAGGAACCCUACGCUUAUCAGAGUAGCCACAGUCAUCGAUACUGAUGACCACAGAAUUAAAGUCCACUUUGAUGGCUGGGAUAAUAUUUAUGAUUAUUGGAUUGAUGCCGAUAGUCCUGAUAUUCAUCCUGCAGGAUGGUGUGGGAAAACUGGACACCCUCUUCAGCCUCCACUUAGUCUGUUGGAAUUAGUUGAAGCUUUUGAGCAAGGAGGGUGUCCUACCCCAGGAUGUAAAGGAGUUGGGCAUACAAAAAGAGCCAAGCACAUGGGCCACACCAGUGCUGUCAGCUGUCCAUACUCCGAGAUGAACCUGAACAAAGAACUUAUCCUUCCAGAUCGUUUGAGUGGUGAGAUGCCUCUAAAUAAUCCACCAGGGCAUUGGAAUCGAAAAUCAGAAGUAACUGAAAGAUCAGCCUCUCCUGUAAACAAGGUUGGCCAUACAGCUAAGGAAUUUGCUAAGAAGACUGAGUCUGAAGGAAAGAAGCUGGAAAGCACAGAGUCCUGUCUAAAUGAAACCAAAGACAAUAAGGAAUCCAGUAAUCAGAGGUUCCAUCCUCAGCCAGUUAUUUUGUCUUCCAAAUUUGCAGUUCCAGGCUUGCCAUUACGGUGGGAACAACAGAGCAAGCUCCUUCCCAGUGUGGCUGGAAUCCCUGCCAGUAAAGUUUCCAAGUGGAGCACAGAUGAGGUCUCAGAGUUCAUACGCAGUUUACCAGGAUGUGAGGAACAUGGCAAGGUGUUCAAAGAUGAACAAAUUGAUGGAGAAGCUUUUCUGCUAAUGACCCAAGCAGACAUAGUCAAAAUAAUGAGCAUUAAACUUGGACCAGCUCUAAAAAUCUUCAACUCAAUCCUGAUGUUCAAAGCUGCUGAGAAGAACUCUCACAAUGAGCUCUGACAGGAGGAAAGUAUAUACAGGAGAAGCCUGCCCCAUGCAGUUUGAAGAUUAUUCAAAGCACAAAAUCUUAAAGGGAUCAUCAAAGAAGAACUCUCCAAAGGGAAGAAUAGUAAGCUGGAAUGGAUGGAGUGUUAAUAUUUUCUGAGAGCCAGGGCCACUGAACACUUCUGGGAAGUGCUUAUGGGUUUUUAGCAAAGAUACUCUUAAAAAGAGUAGGAGCUACCAAACUGACAGCUCACAACUAGGCUUCUUUAAUUUGGUGGGGGAUCUCUAAUUUAUAUUAAAAUUAUGGAAAUAGUAGUUUUAUUCUAAGGAGUCACAUGAAUUCACCAUGGGACAUUUUUUACUCCUUUCAUUUAAUUUUUCCAUAGCAAGUUAUUCACUGCUUACUUAACCUGAAUUAAGGUUAAUGUUGUUUUUUUUCAUUUUGUGUCAGAGGCCAGAUUGUCAACUGAUAUUGGACAAUAUCUGAUUUAUCUAUUCUCUUGUAAGAAACAAAAUUGUUGGUGGACAAUGCCGUUUUUGAUAUUUUGUUUUUGCACGAUUAAAAAAAUUUAAUAAAUUCUUCCACUAGCCUUCUUAGUGUGACCACAAUAAGAACUACCAGCAAACUUCAUUCACUGUCCAGGAAGAACAAAAAUUUUGUAUUGUAUUACUGACAUGUUUUAGUCUGCAGCCUGUUCAGACAACAGAAAUAAAUUAAAAGUGCAUGUGUAAGAGAUAAUAUCUUGAUCCUUAAAUAAAAGCCAUGUAAUACCUUUUAUGAGGCCCAACUAAAAUAUCAUUAAAUAGCACUCAGUCUUCACUAUCAUGCUGUUUUGUGAUAUUUACAUUGAUCCUAAUAAAAAGUCUUAUGUUGUUUUGGAUUUUUCUGUGGACCGAAAUAAUUACAGCUCGAUUUAUUUUGAGAAAUAGCACAUUUAUCCCAUUAAAGACAGUGACAGUGACAGUGACUGCAUGUGUCUUCCAUUUAAUGUUUACUUUCUGUAUCAAUUCAAUUCAACCUUUAAUGGAACCAAGAUGGUAACGAUGAGACGGCGCGCUGUAAGCUGGCUUUGAUUUAUUUAUCAAUAUUUCCUUCUCUUCAUUGGACUAUUAGUUGCUUUUCAGCCUGACUGCAGUAUAUUUUCUACUGCUAUCUGAGGUCAGAGUGACAUUAAAGAGGGACCUCCAGAGAGCGGGUCCUGAGCAGAGAUUUACGAGGGCAGUUAGCUGAUAAGAGCAAUUAACGCUGCUUUGAAAUCAUACUUUCUGUAUCAUUAAAAUUAAUCACCACUUCUGUUAUCAUACUGACUUUCACAUUUUCCCUCUGCUCUUGGGCUUUUAAAGAACCUGUGUGUUCCGUUUGGGGCUUCUGACAUAUCUGAUUGAAAUACACACACACACACAUACAACCUGCCCACGUCUUCUUCCAAAAAGGCUAAAAUGCAAAUUAAUACCAGGUUCACCGUAACUUAUGGUCUGAAAUGUCCCCACUCUUGUGUGUGUGUGUGGGGGGGGGGGGGCUUUAACAGACAGCUUGAGGAAGUGUUCUGAGGAACUUGAAAGUUUGCAUGCUCUUUUAUGGUACUUUGGUUAAUCUUAAUAAAAGUUUUGUGGUUUGUUGUUGGA